AUGCAUGACCCUUCACUGUUUAAAUUAAUGGGAACAAUGAAGAAAGAUCUUUGGUGUAUGUUUAGAAAUUGCGUUGUGACGCGCAGAAUAACGAUUACUUGUUCCCGUCUACAGUACAGUAAAACACAGCGUAUAUUGUGAUAUCCUCGUUCAUUGAAGGACAGAAUUGGAGCAAGGCUACAAGUGCAAACGAUUAAAAUCGUAGAGCCCUGGUAUUUCAUCGUGCGUAUUGCAGUAUUUAAGAUACAAUGGAAAAUUUGUCGGACGGAGCGCCUAAGAAAGAAGACCCACCUCCAGAAGAUGAAACGAAUGAAAAAGAUGAAAACCUUUUGGGUUUUGCCGAAGAAACCGUUGAAUGUAUUCCUGAAAGAAGAGAAUUAAUUGUUGAAGAACCAAUGGCUCUGGAUUGUAUUCAAGAAGAGAUCAUGAUGUGUUAUGACAUGCCUAGAGCUUUUCACAUACAAGACGAACAUGGAUUUGCUUAUCAAAGUGAUUUAGAAACAGAUGAGAUUGUCGAACGUCCUCUUGUAAAACAAGAGUUGUUGAAAAUGCCAGAAACCGUUGAAUAUAUUCCUGAAAGAAGAGUUGAAAGAAGACCAACUGUUGAAAGUACAAUGCAUGAUGCGGUUUGUAUCCAACAACAGAUGAUAUUUUAUGACGAGCCUACAGCUUUACCCCUACAAGAGGAUCUUGCUUAUCAAAGUGAAACAGCUUGCGUUCAGCUGGUUUCACUUGAAAAAUUCACUCCGUUGUUCGCAAAGGAGAGAGUCACCGAACAAGAAGUAUACAUCAUGGGACAAAUUCAAGGCCCCUUUUUGAAGUCAAAUGCGUCCUUACCAAAAAAGAGGAUACCAAAUGCAGACGAAAGAUAUAAAUACACGUAUCAGAUGCAGGUAUAA